UGGUCAUACAGGAGGGGGUGCGGGUUUGGUUAUCUUCUCUCUAAAGACAGAAUUAAAGCAUCACUCAAGCAUCAGUGUGGCAGAGCGAGAAAGAGAGAGAGAGGCAUCUUCAUUUAUUCUUUUAAGCGGAGGAGAUCACAUCUCAGCAUCAGGGGUGGAACGGGCUGAAAGAUGUACGGCAGACAGAUGGAGCCCACCGCUGGAACCAACGAGCUGACAGACGAGGAGAAGGAAAUUAUCAACAGCGUGCUGGCGAGAGCCAAGAUGAUGGAGGACAUGGAGCAGAAACGGAUUGGGCGUCUGGUAAAUCGCCUGGACAGCAUGAAGCAGACAGCCUGCGGCGACGGCUACUCCCGGUGUUUGCUCUGCGGCCAGCAGUUCGGCCUGGUGGGCAUCAGCACAGUUGUCUGUGCCGACUGUAAAAAGAACAUGUGCACCAAGUGUGGCGUUCAAAGCAGCACUCGUUCCAGUCCAAUAUGGCUCUGUAAAAUCUGCUGCGAGCACAAAGAGAUGCUGAAGCGGUCUGGUGCCUGGUUUUUCAAGGGUUUUCCGCAGCAGGUUUUACCCGCUCCUUUACCGAUCUCUAAUCGGAGAGAGCUCAGUACCACCGACACGCCGGCUUCUACAAACCCAUCGAACAUUCAGGAGUCUUCUAUACCUUUACACCCACAAAACAGAGAAAGCACGCAGGUAACCGGCAGAGAGCAGCAGAUAUCUGCAGAAACGAUGCACCCUAAACGGGAGGAGCAUUCUGCCAUACCCCAAAGAGCCCUACAGGAUGACGGAGGGAGACAGUCUUUUAGCAGGAGCACAAUUCAGUCUGAAGUUACUGUGGAAGGACAAACUUCCUCACCUGUGGUGAAGCGAGAAGUACCGGUCCUGAGUUCCAGACCUCUAGCACCGAACUACUCCUCCACCCCCAUUCAAAAAGGAAUUCUAGAUCCAGUGAGUCGACCGGAGGCAAAGGCACCACCUGCUAUGCAGACCAAUGCACGUUUGCCAGCUGCCAACAGCGUUUCUGCAACACGCAAUCCACCACCCCCCACUGCAGAGGAUGAAGAGGACGCCAACAGCUACGACUCUGAUGAUGCCACCACCCUGGGCAUGUUAGAGUUCAGUCUGCUCUACGAGGAGGAGAAGAACGAACUGCACUGCAUUAUAAUCAAAGCAAAGGGUCUUAAGGCCAUGGACUCUAAUGGUCUGGCUGAUCCUUACGUUAAAUUGCACUUGCUUCCAGGAGCCAGCAAGUCAAACAAGCUACGAACCAAGACUCUUCGUACCACCUUGAAUCCUGUGUGGAACGAGACCCUUGUUUAUCAUGGCAUCACCAAUGAAGACAUGCAGAAAAAGACACUCCGGCUCUCUGUCAGCGAUGAGGACAAGUUCGGCCAUAACGAGUUUAUCGGGGAGACGCGAGUGGUCUUGAAAAAACUCAAGCCGGACCAGAAGAAGAACUACAACGUGUGUCUUGAGAGAGUGGUUCCGGUGAAACGUACAGCUGCCACAGGGGCGUCUCGUGGCAUGGCGCUCUAUGAGGAAGAGUUAAAAAAUGAUGAAGAAGAGGAGGAGAGGGGACGUAUUCUGGUUUCUCUCACUUACAACAGCCAACAAGGUCGCCUGAUUGUUGGUGUGGUUCGAUGUGCUCAUCUCGCGGCAAUGGACUCCAAUGGCUAUUCUGACCCCUUUGUAAAGAUCUGCUUGAAGCCUGACAUGGGGAAGAAAGCAAAGUAUAAGACUCAGAUCAAGAAGAAGACCCUUAACCCCGAGUUUAAUGAGGAGUUCGGCUACGAGAUCAAGCCUGCGGAAUUGGCAAAAAAGACUUUGGAUAUCUCUGUCUGGGAUUAUGACAUGGGGAAAUCGAAUGACUUCAUAGGUGGAUGUCAGCUUGGUAUCACGGCUAAAGGAGAGUGUUUGAAGCACUGGUAUGAAUGUUUGAAGAACAAGGACAAGAAGAUCGAACGCUGGCAUGUUCUGUUGAAUCAAACCAAUGUUGAGGCAGAUGACUAAGAUGUUAUACCGCCAAAGAACUUCUCUUCCAACAGCAUACAAUACUAUCUUCCUAACAACUUUAUCUCAUUUCCAAGGUUCAACUAGUGAUAACAAUACUUUUAUUUCAUUCAGAAAAAGCUUUUGUCCAUGCUUCCUAAAACCCCAUGAAGAGCUAUUUGAAUUAUGUAGCGGUUCAGCCGUGAAAACCCCAGAAAACCCAGUUAUUUUGUUCUUUGAUGGAAAAAUAAAGGCGUGUAUGAUGUUUUCAUUGAGUAAAAUGCCUUAAAUAACAAAACCUCUUGAAUAUAUGUGACGUAGAUAUCUUAGUUAUUGAACCCUACAACCAUAUAUACUCAAGGACACUUAAAAGGACUAAUCAUGUAAAACAUAUCGCCAAUUCUUUAAGUAAAACGGCAUGCAAAAAUGCUAUUUACUGUAGCUACAGUAUUGUACAAUUUUAACAUUAAAAGUAUACCCUGUCCUUUUAUGUUUUAUACAUAUUUAUGUUUCAAUCAGUGUGUCACAGAUGGAGAAUACUGUGUGUAAACAAAUUGUGACUAUGAAGUGUAGAAAAGUAAUGUUUUGAGUCUUUUUUUUAAUAAUGCAUCGAUUGCAUUCAAAGAAAUGUCCUGUUGUAAUGUGCAUGUAUUCAUGGACAUGUUCUCCAAUUAUACAUUACUGUUAUUGUUAACUUAAUUUAUUUAUGCAUCUAUAAUAUGUUUACAGGCAUGAAUACAGGCUUGUGAAGUCAAAAUCCCCAAUAAAGUGU